UGCAGCUCAACAAGAACAAUCUUUCGAACCCUGUCUUGAUGUCUAUACGACUGCAAAAAACCGCUCAGGUAACUUGUAACUACAAAACACACGUAGUUGUCAGUUUCUCAAUUUCCCACUUGAGCUUAAACCAGAAAACUAAACCGUUUUCUUUGCUUGUCUGAGGCACCCAUUGAUCCCGAGCUUCUCCCUGCAACUUCAUUUUAGCUCAUGAAGAGAAAACCAUAAACUUCACUUCACUUUAGAUCAAUGAUUCUACACCGGCAUUACUUGGAGCUGUUUCUUCAAUGAUUCUACACCAGACUAGUAUUGAUACCCGUUUGGGGCUACUCCUUGACAGUCAUGAUAGCGUGUCUUCUUUCAAAGACAAAUUCUGCAAAGAACACGAACUGUGUUUUCCAAGUGUUGGCAACAUCACUGUUUCUGCCUUGAAGGUUAACGUGAGUGGUAAUGAUUAUCACUUGUCCGAUUCUAUGAUAUUGAAAAAAGCUCUUCAAGGCCUCAGUAACGAGGACUUUUUUCUAUCCGUUGACCUCGUACGUGUCCAGGAGAAAAGUGAGCUGCAGAUUGGUGAAGCAGUUGAGAAAAAAACGAGGAAGAGAAAAUCGAAAAGUGCCAACAAUAGUAGAAAGAAACUCUCCAUAGAGACGCCAACGGAAGCAAAAGGCCUUGAAAGUGGUGAGGGAACUGUCACUAGGUUGGAAGAGAAUCAGAAUAUUUGUGAUGUAGAUCAAGAGGAACCUGUCGAUGGUCAUACCAUAGAUGUUGAGGCCAAGAUUGAUCUUUCAGGGACAAUCGAACAAGACGACGUUCAAAAGGAGGUAGCAAAUGCUGAUUUAAACAUGAUUGACCAAGACAAGGAUCUUGAAAAUGAUAAUCUUCUAGCUGAAUUAAACCAAACUAGUGAUGAUGCUGAGAAAGAAGGGAUCAUAGGUCUUGUUAAUGCUACUUCUGAAGCUAUUGAAAACGAAACUGAGAUGAGUGUCAAGGAAAAAGAUGGUGAUGAGGAGGCUAAAUCUGAGAAGCCUAAAAAGAAAAAUAGAGCAAAGAAAGUCAAGACUCCGACUAAAGAAGAUGGUCUAGUUGCUUCUAGCUCAAGGAACGCUGAGGAAGAUGGUGUCUCGAGAGAUCCGCAGGAGAAUGUGGCUAAAGUUGUGAAGAAGCCGAACAAGAGAUCGAAGAAGGAACAGUCUUCAAACAUUGUUGAGGAGGAUGCUUAAGGAUUGUGUGCUAUCACUUAUCAGGAUCAUUGAUCGCUUCUCUUUAUCUCUUCUUUUUUGAACUUUUGGUUUUUGUCUUGGGAUUUCUUUUGGUUUGUCUUUUGAACAUUUGAUGCUUUAUGUUUUUCCCGGUUUAAGCAACUUAUUU